AAUUUUCUAGUUUGACUGUGAAGACCGAAGAAGAGGAAGAAACCUACAGCACAUCACUACAUUUGCCUGAGAAAUCAAAAACACUUGAACUCAAGCCAGAACAAAAACGUUUUUCUAGUUCUUUGGAAAGGAAAAAAGAGAAACCUGUGUUUCAGACCAAGCUUACACCUGCUGAAGUUACCGUAGGAGAGUCAGUUAGGUUUACCGUCACAGUAUCUGGUUUUCCAAAGCCGAAAGUUGAGUGGUUCCACAAUGGCAAAGUUAUCACUUCUUCAACAGUUUAUAAGUUUGUGGAAGAGAGAGAUGAGUACACUUUGAUAAUAACACAAGUCAAGAAAGAAUAUGAGGGAGAGUACUCUUGUACCGCCAGUAAUAGAUUUGGCCAAAUCACUUGCAAGACAAUGUUAAAGGUACAAGUGAGUCAGUUAUCAGCAGCAGAAAAAUGGGUGGAACAAAUGUUCAAACUACCAGGGCAACCACCAUGCUUUACCACACAAAUCCAACCUGUGCAGUGUGCAGAGGGCAGCGAGGUAAAAUUUCAGUAUAGAGUCACUGGUACUCCUUUCCCUGAUGUUCAGUGGUUUAAGGGUAGUUCUCAAAUUAAGUCAAGUCAGACCUGUUCUGUUGUAAGUAACCCAGAUGGCUCUGGCUUCCUCACCAUGAGUAACAUCCAACAGAGAGACAGUGGACUCUACACAUGCAAGGCUGUCAAUCCAUUUGGGGAGGCAAGCUGCAGUGCUGAGCUGAUAGUAUUCCAGAAAAAAGUCUCUGUAUUUCAUAAACAGCAAUUGGUUCAAGAGCAAAGAAGUUAUAAAGUGUCCAUGAAAGAGGAAGCCACCGAAUCUCGCUUGUACAGUGUUAGCCUACCUGGACAGGCAGGUGCUAGUUUGCAGGGAGACCAUCAGGUAAUUUACACCAUUGGCACAGAAGAUAGGCAAAUGGUAGCGAGUGAGCAGGUUGACACUCUGCAUGACUUGGAUGUUUCCAUUGCAACUAUGCACAAGGAGCAGGUGACUCAUCAAGCUGCUGUGUUGCAGUCUCAUGAAGUUCAAGAGAGAGUCAUAUCUGCUUCAGUUCAGCCACAACCAGUGGUAGCAACCCCUUUGAAACAGCUCAAGAUGGCUACUAUGACCUCAGCCAUUCAAGAACAUCAAGGCUUCACAGAACAGCACUUUGAACGAAUCAAAAGUCCUGAGGUUACAGAGUUAGAAAUUGAGAAAGAGCACCCCUCACAGGUAAUGUCUGCCUUAACUGAGAGUGUAACUCCGCUGACGAUUGUCAAAGCCGAGCCAUUAUCAACCAGAGAAACAGAACAGAUCAAGGCAUCUCCUGAGCCCAAAUAUCCGAUAUCAAGUCACCAAGUUGAGACAAAACUCCCAAUUGUUAAAGAACAUUCAGAGGUUAUACCGCAUACUCAGCAGGAAAAGGGCUACCAGGUGAAAGAGGGAGUUAAAAUUCUUUACAGCGCAAUUUCAACAGAGAAAACGGGGGGG